UACGAUUUCUUCCCCACUGAAGUUCUUUCUCCAACUACCUUUCUCGGAUUAGAUUCUAAGUAGAAAGUCUGUACUCUAACUAGGUGACGGACUCUGUCAAACUUGACUCGGGUACCAAAGUGCGUCAUCCCAGAAACCGAGGAUCUCUACACAGGAAAGGAAUCCUGAUAGUGGGACGAAUCCCGAUAGUAGAGAAAUUUCAGACAGGAGAGGGCAUCCUGAUAGCAAGCAAGACGAAGUGGGGAGUCUACAGAUUAGAACCAAGGUAGAAGAAGAAACGAGUCAUGUCCGAUCCAGAUUGCAAGCAGGGUCUGAUAAGUUGAAAAUUCAGCUCAUGUUUCCCUGGACCAUUAAAGCCCUGCGAAAACAACGUAGUUAUUUUCACUUGGAUUUCUGCUCCGUCGCUUUGGCAACUGAGCUUGGAAGCUCAUUGUCGCAUCGGCCUCUCUAUCCGUUCACUCAGCAAUACGGCUACGUAUUCUAUGAUAUUUUGAGCUUCAACAUCAAGUUCAUCCCACUGGGAAGUGAGAAACUGCUGAGCGCCUGAGUUUGGAAGACUGUCGAACUCUGCUCUCGAUUGUGUGCUAGAUUAUUGUCUUGCCGUUCCUGGUUCUGCUCCAGGUCGAACAACUUCUUCACGAAUUGCAUCCCCAAGGAAGUGAAGGUGGACGAAGGCACCAGGAAUAAGAUCAUGGCAUGUAAGGAAAUGGUGACCUCGGAAGUUCUCAAUCACUGGAGAACGCGACGUAAUGCCAACAUGAAGUGUUUUGCAGCUAUGGAGGAGCUUGCAGCCGUGAUUGAUCGUCUGAAUUCCUUCAGUUUCCAUUGCUGCGAAGAAGAUUCAACUGACUCCGCACUUGUGCAUCCAGGCUACAGUAAACCUACUGGCAAGGACAUCCUCCUGGGGUGUGGCACCGGAGUCGUGCGUGAGCUUGUAGAGCAACGUGUCGAAGAUGCAAUCGACGAAGAUGACCUAAUUCCUCACGAAUCCUUGGAGAUAGACAUCGAUUUAGAUGGUAAUCGAAUUCGAUCUCUGAGUCCGCACAUCCAUCGUCUUCAUAGGCUGUACACCAGGACAUAUGGGAUUGAUAAAGAGCCGACGGUUUCUUUCAGAGAUUUUGUUCAUGGUUUUCAACUGGACUUGUCUCCUCCCAGUCCGAGGUUUAGUGACCUAAAGACCAGGUUAGCCCCAUAUUUCAAGCAGUGCAUCCAUGAUGCCCUUGAACCUCUACUGGGGCCUGUAGCCGCUGUUGUGCAGAGCCAUGGGGAGGAGGAGCGGAAGCAACGAGAGGAGUUUCUUGGCCUAGAAGAGAAGAAGCUGGCUCUGAGGCGCAAGAAGAUUCAACGUCUCAAACGUCACCGUGCUGGCCGAUUCCAACCUUGCCGAGGGCAUCUUGGGCAUACUCGUCGCGGGCCAAAACUAGGUUAGGGCAUCGCGUGACGUUUCCUGAGGCUGAUUGGCUAAGAGAGAAGUCCAGUGUCUGGACAAAACUGUGGAUACCUUAGAUAAGAGUCGUGCAGUAACAUGUUGGGUCAUUCCGAACAUAGACUUCUGCCCUCGGGUAUACUCAGUUUUCUAAGUUAAAUAAAGUAAAAUGAAAUAAGACUAGAGCAGUGUAAAAGAUGUAAAUGUAUACUAGAGCAGUGUUCCAUUGACUGUGUACGUCCAGAUUGAGCUCUGACAGAAUGUAAAAAACACAUGUUCUUCCAGCUGAAAUAGCUAAAAUAGACAGUCAACCCUGAUAGCCAUGUUGGGGUGGUUGUUGGUAGUUGAGAUACAUGGUUAGUGAAGUGAAGGGAAUGAUGUCGAGACUCAUUCAUGUAUAUAAUCUCACUAUUUUCAAUGCAAAGAUAUCUUUGUAGUGCCGCUGCAGUAGCACUGCACUGUUGAAAUGGA